AUGAACAAGAAUUGGAACGACAGGGCCGACAAGGACCUCUUCUUUACUAUCUUGUCUGUUAAGAACAUUGGCGUCAUCAGCGGUUCGGAAUGGACUACUAUUGGCAACCACAUGCGCUCUUUAGGUUACGGCUUCACCAAUGAGGGAUGUCGCCAACAUUUCCAAGGUCUUCGUCGCGCUCAACACAAGGCCGAUACCAAUGGAGGAAGCUCAGAGAAUCCCAGGAAGGUCGAUCCGACGUUGAAUCCCAUCACUCGUCGCCCUGGCCCAGGCCGCGGGAGGCCCAAAAAGCAGCCUCAGCAACCUGCCCCGAUGCCGAUCCCCUCGCUGCCGGCACAGGCCGCUCAGCCUGGCCAACCUCCUCAACCUGGCCAGCCUCAACCUGAACAGAUUGCCCAAGAACCUCAACCCCAUACGCCCACACCUGUUAUACCUGAUGGUCUCCCUUCUUUGCCCGAAGCUUUGCCCGAAACUUUGGACCUUCCCAUCAAAGACGAUACUUUAGACAUGUCUCUCAAGGACGAUGACCACGAUGAAAACGACAACCACGAUGCUAAGCGUAUUAAACUUGACGAACCACCCCAGGACCAAUCCCUUGACGAUGAAGCGGUGCUAGCUUUAGCUGCCCACAGCAAUCCCCCCUCUGUUGACGCCUACGCCUCUGAGUAUCCCACAGCUGGUCUUACCGGCUCAGACCCCCAUGCCUUUAGCUACGGCGGCGAAACAUAG